CAGACAAAAUGGCGGACCCGAAGUAUGCUGAUUUGCCAGGGAUCGACACAUCGCAACCAGACGUAUUUGAGACGAGUGAUUUGCCUGAAGAGGAUCAAGAUUACAAACCUGAUGAACUGAACAGUGAAAGUGUAGAGAGGAUAGCGAUGCCUCCCAAUUCAGCGUACAAGAAAUUUAAAAAUUCCUCGCUGGAUGCUGGUAAUCUGGACUUCUCAGAUCGCAUUGGUAAAUAUCGAAAAACUGGAUAUGACACUUCAAAAACUGAAUAUGAAAUGGUUGGUGAAGAGAGUGGACUUCCAGAAACUCCAAUUCAGAAAUAUCAACGACUACAGCAUGAAAUACGAGAGUUAAGUGAGGAGGUGGAACAAAUCAAGACUACAGCCAAAGAAGAAGCUAAAGUAAAUGACUCUCCUGUACUACUUAUUGAACAAGUACAUAAUUUACAAGACCAGUUACAUAGUUUACAUUUAGAGAAACUACUGACUACAGAACCAUUGCUAGAUUUAGCAGAUCCACAGUCUCAGCUUCCAAAGAAAUUACUAGGACAACUAGAUACUUAUAAGAAGAUGGCUGGAAGUCCUACUAAGAAACCUGAGGCGCAGUCAGCGACAGAUGGACAACAUAUGGUCUAUGAACUAUAUUACAAACCUGAACAAGCUAAAUUUAGUGAAGUUUCAAUGAUAGCAGAAUUGGAACAGCGGUUAGCCAAAUUAGAGACACUGGUUGGAGAGGAUCCACAGAAACUUUCAUUGCUGAGAAGAGAAACACAAUCAAAUGGCCUUGUGGAUGCAGUUGCUGUCAUGCAAGCCAGGACUACGUUGUUGGAUCCAAUACAACUGGAACACGUUGACGCCCGUUUGCAGGGCCUGCUACAAAGAUUGAACACAAUUAAAACGAAAAAGAAGUCUGUGGAAGAUGUCAGUAAAGAAAGCAGGGCUCAGCAACCUAACAAUGAAGUGAGCAAGCAGAUAUCUGAAUUAUACGAUAUGAUGGAAAGAUGGGAUGGUAUAGCAGAGACUUUACCAAAGACUGUGGAAAGAUUGAACUCUCUCCAAGUACUGCACAACCAAGCAUUACAGUUUAGUCAGGCACUUAGUCACUUGGAUACCACUCAACAGCAGAUAUCAUCAAGUUUGAAAUCACAAUAUUCUACAAUGAAAAAGUUACAAGAUUCCUUCGCUUCCAACAUGGCUGCCAUCCAGGCGAACUGUGCCAGCCUUGAUGAGAGACUUAAAAAACUGAAAAAAUAAGCGUUCCUAAAAUGACUCCUUAAGUUAUUAGUAAAUUUAAAAUUAAUCAAUCAUGGUAAAUUCAUAUUUUAACCAAUAUCUCUUGAUAACUGCUUCAAAACUGUAUGUGUGUAUUUCUCUGCUAUGUCAACCAUAAUAUUCUGAGAAAUUUCUGGAUUUAAACAAUUGGUAGACGUGUAGUUAGUGUAUGGUACUGAUUUUAUUUCCACAAGCUAUUAUAAAAUUAUUACAAUUCUCAUAUUUGCAUCAGGUUCAGUAUUACAUUCAGAAAUUUGUUCAGGAGUACGUGAAAUGGAUAUUUUGGGUCUUAAAAGUAAGGGGAGAGGGAUCAGAGAAUUAAAUAUUCAUGUCAUUUGAUCAAUGAAUUUUCAGGGUUUCAGACUUUUGAACAGUUCAGUUGCUAUGGAUACCACGGCAUAAUAUACAAAUUACUGUAAUUCAAAUGUCAUUCACUGCCUUGUAUUGAUGCUUGUUUUUUUGUUUUUUUCUAUUGAAAAUUGUAAACUUUAUAUUUGUCUUGUAAUGUAUUUCUCUGCAUAUGACGACAUAUGGUAGUGUCUGCUUAAAAAAUAAAUAAAAGAGGAUUGU